GACGGAUGUUCUCAAAGAUCCAAAGUGGGCUGCCAGUAUUAAAGCAUAUGCUUCUGAAUGGAUAAUUAAAACAACCCCUCAAGAUGUCCAAGCACGUUUCCGUGAACUUUAUUUUGCUUGCAUAUAUAUUAUGGCAGCGACAGGAAUCAGUGAUGCCGGAAUCAGUAUCAACUUCUUCUUAAUGCAUACAUUAACUUCCACGCAUGCACUAUAUCACCUUUUGUUUUCUCUGUCUCCUUCCGAGAGUGCCAUACUUGUUCAUGCCCAACUUGUUACUAUCCUUGUACACUAUGUUGCCACAGGCCGCUUAGCAAUAAAUACAAAUUUGCUAUUGGCAUAUCAGUCGCCAAAUUCCGAUAUUAAUUCAUCAAACCCAUGGUUGGGUGUCGUUGACUUGGCUGUCAAAACCGAAGAACCUCACGUAGUCAAGGCUGUCAGAGCAGCUGCACUUGGACAAAUUCUGUACGGUCAUGAGAAUAAUGCCGAAGAUGAUUUGUGGAUUAAGGCAGCUCAAUUAACUGUGGAUCAAAAGGGAAAUUGGGGACGAUGAAUUAUCAAAAUAUAAACAAUAAAGC